AUGCACGAAACCAUCCCCGGAGAUGAGAUCUACGGACCGGGGACUUUCAUCGACAAAUCUGUCCUCCCUGUACCGGAAGAUGCUCGUCGAAUCUUCGAACUCCUUGCAACGCGAACACCCGGUUUUACAAAGGAUGCUGCACUGUGGGGUACUGUCAAGUUCGAAGGCGGGCCAGAUCCCAUAGUUCCCGGUCCGAUGAAAUCCCCCGUCGUGGCCGCAGCACUGCACGCCAUGUGCGGUGUAGUUGCAAACGAACUCCUGGAGCUGCGUGAUGGUAAGCCAGCCAAAGAUGCCAGCGUGAUUGUGAACACAGACCAUGCAGGAAUCUGGCUUGCUUCGACAUUUACCGCAUACGUGGAUGGGAAGGAUAUCUCGUCUCUUGCACGAAACCGAGAGCUUUCCAACAUCUUCGACAGAGACUUUGAGAAAGGGUUCGGUGUCGGCCCUUUGGCUGGCCGAGCCACUGCACUGUAUCCGACAAAGGACGCCGGGGUGUGGUAUCAACUCCAUGGGUCAUUGGAUGCGAGCAAGACUCUCUGCUCGAUGGGAAUUGACAUGAACGUACCAUUGAAAUCGUUCACAGAAGGAUACGAAUAUAUUCGGCAACAUGUGCAGAAAUGGAGUCCUGAUGAACUGGAGAUGCAUAAUAUAAGGCAUGGCUUAUGUGGCAGUAUCUGCUACUCUCCUGAGGGCUGGAGGAAGACGGAAAUGGGGAAGCGACUUGCUGAGUACCCCCUCAUCAAUUAUACACGCGAGUCGUAUGCCCAACCAACGCCUCCGGUUUGCUUGUCCCAGCUUCCUGAUCGUCGGCCUUUGGCUGGGAUCAAGGUUGUGGAAAUGGUGCGGAUCAUCGCUGGUCCCACUGUUGGCGUGACUCUUGCAUCGUUCGGUGCAGAUGUCAUUCGAGUGAACUGCAGCAGACUGCCAGAUUUGAAUGUGCUCCAAUUGACCCUCAAUGCCGGAAAACGCACGAUCGAUCUUGAUAUUGGCAAGGAGGAUGACAUGGCCCGGCUCGAGGAGCUUGUGGGCGAGGCAGAUGUUUUCAUCCAGGGCUUCCGUUAUGGGUCCCUAGACCGAAAGGGACUCGGUCUGCAAAAAAUGCUAGAUGUGGCAGCCAAAAGGAACAGGGGAAUCAUUUACGUGGAUGAAAACUGCUAUGGUCCAUCUGGACCAUUCGCCGAAAGACCCGGCUGGCAGCAGAUCGGAGAUGCUGCAUCGGGUGUCUCGUAUGUGAUGGGACGGUCGAUGGGAUUCGAUGAAGGAACAAGUGUCCUUCCUCCACUGCCGAUCUCUGACAUGACUACUGGCGUCGUUGCUGCUUUGGCGACAAUGCUGGCCAUUCGGGACAGAGCUCAGGAAGGAGGCUCAUAUCACGUUGUAAGCUCGCUCGUGGCAGGUGAUGCCAUCCUCGUCGACUCUGAGGUCGGCUUAUAUCCUACUAAAGUGGUACAGAAAACUCUCGAUAGAUUCGAAUUUGCGCGUUCGUCUCCGGACCAAUUCGUCUCGGAGAUCAUGAUCCAGGUCAUUGAUGGGUGGAAGCGGGUCUUCCCAGAAUAUCUUGCCCAAGACUCACCGUUCAUGAUGAGCUAUGAAAGCAGUUCAUGGGGGCAGAUGAAUAUCCUGAGGCCUGUUGCCCGAUUAGAUGACAAGGACGCGAGUCCCGUCUGGAAGGAUGCUCCUGUUCCGAACUGCCAUUAUGAUCAAAAUAUCACGUGGCAUGAUCAUUUUUCAGGGCCAGCCCUGGUGUCACAUUAG